ACUUGUUGUGUAAAUCUAUUCAAUUUCAUCUUACCUAGUCGCAGUUGAGUAAAGGAUGGAAAACUAAAUUAAAAAAAUCCAAUUAAAAGUAAAUUGUAAUUUAUUAUCGUAAAUUGCACUUUUUACAAGACUAGACUUUUUACCAUUUGCAUCAUUAAAUAAUAACAUCAAUAAUAUCAAUAAUAACUAUCAAUUAAGGUUAUAUUAUCUGUGGUAAAGUGAAUAAAGACGUAUUUCUCUGAUUUAAUUUAGCAUUCUUAUUACGACCCUUGACUCGUCCACUUGUACACCCGUGAACAAUACAUUUAUUCACCAUUUGUAAAUAAAUAUUACUUUUUAUAAAUUAAAAAAACAUUAAUACAAUUGCUAAUGAUGCAGUGUUGUCAACAAUUGUCAAUGAAAAAUAUGACGUUAUAAACUUGACAUUAGCGAACAUAACGAAUCCUAGCGGUGUAUUUCCGAAAAUGAUCUUUCCUUUUCUUUCCAGUCGCGUUUGCUAGUUAUUUUCCUAUGUCGAACGCCCUCCUGGUAUUUAGGCUUCGUGGUUUUAAGAGAAAAAAAAAAAAAAAUUCGAGUGAAAAAUCUACAAGAACCGUGUCGAUCGUGUCUAUAUGUUUGAUGCCUGCCGCUCCCGAGAGACCCGCAUGCGGUCCUAACCAAAUAUUUGACACCUGCGGAACGGCAUGCCCGCCAACCUGCAAAAAACCUUCUCCAGAUGUCUGCAUUUUGCUUUGCGUUUCUGGAUGCCGUUGUAAAGAUGGAUUUGUUAAAAACGAUAACGGUGAUUGCGUUUUGACGAAAGAUUGCUGAAAUGGAUUAAAAUAUUUCCAUAUAUAUGUUCUUUCAAUGAUUUAACAUGGAAUUUUUUUUUUAU